AUGUAUCGUAGUAGGAAUAGACCAAAAAGAGGUGGUGAAGAUGAAGUUAAGGGUCCAAACUCUGCAUUAACUCAGUUCCUGAGAGAAGAAGGGAUCAGCGCUGAAAAUAUCAAACAAAAAUGGUACCAACGCCAGUCGAAGAAGGGCGAAGAUGGAAAAGGCGGAAAGAGUGAAAAGGAGCAAAGUACGCAGGACGAUGACUCGACUACACAGGUUUCGCAAAAGGAAGUAAUUGAAGAAGAAGAGGUUGAUGACUUGGAACUUGGCAGUGGUUCUGAAACAGGAAAGGCCGAGGUCGCUUAUGAUGCUAGAAUGAAUCUGGUUGCCGCAGAUAGUGACGAAGAAGAAUAUGAAACGAACAGUGCGUCGGCCACCCCAGUAAAUUUGAGUCCAGCUAAGAACCAGGAGUCCUUAAUAAAGAAGAGACAAAAUACUGCGAAAAUCAUUCAAAACCGCCGUAAAAAACGCAAGAGAGCUGCCAAUUUAUUGGACAGACGUGUCAAUAAAGUGUCUAGCUUACAGAGUCUUUGUAUCGGGAAAAUCAGUAAAAAUAUCUCCAAGUGGCAAAAGGAGACGGGUGAUUCUUCGAAGUUGGUAUUUAACAGAUUAAGAGAUGUUCUCGGUGGUGUAUCUACCGCUAAUUUGAACAAUUUGGCGAAAGCACUAUCAAAAAAUAGAGCACUGAAUGAUCAUACUUUACAACUUUUCUUAAAGACAGAUCUAACAAAACUGACUUUUAAUGACUGCUCUAAGGUUUCUUUCGAUGGCUACAAGACACUAGCCAUCUUUUCGCCGCACCUGACCAAAUUAUCGCUACAAAUGUGUGGGCAAUUAAACAAUGAAUCACUGCUUUACAUUGCUGAGAAGUUGCCAAACUUGAAAGCAUUAUAUUUAGAUGGUCCUUUUUUGAUCAAUGAAGACACAUGGGAAAAAUUCUUCGCAAUCAUGAAAGACAGGCUAGAAGAGUUUCAUAUAUCAAACACACACCGUUUUACAGACAAGUCAUUAUCAAACUUGUUAAUAAAUUGCGGUUCAACUCUAGCCUCUUUGGGAUUAUCUAGGCUAGAUUCAGUGUCAAACUACGCUUUACUGCCGCAGUACUUAAUGAACGACAAAUUUCACACACUCUCCAUUGAAUAUCCACUCAAUGAAGAAGAUGUUAACGAUGAGAUUGUCAUAAAUAUAUUAGGCCAAGUCGGAUCCACUUUGCGAAAGUUGGUUUUGAAUGGUUGUGUGGAAUUGACGGAUUCAAUGAUAAUCAAUGGUCUUACUGCAUUCAUACCAGAAAAAUGCCAAUUGGAGGUCUUGAGUUUAGAAGAGCUAGACCAAAUAACCACGGACUCUUUGGUUUACUUUUUCAGUAAAGUAGAACUAAAUAAACUAAAAGAAUGUAGCUUUAGAAGGUGUCUACAGCUAGGUGAUAUGGCGGUUAUAGAGUUAUUGCUCAAUGGAGCUAAAGAUAGUCUAACAAGCUUGAGUUUCAACUCACUGAAAGAGUUAACAAAGGACGCUUUUGUAACAUUAACCUGUCCUGACUUGACAUACAUAGAUCUAGGGUUUGUGCGUUGUGUAGACGACUCAAUUAUUCAACUAUUGGGUGAGCAAAAUCCCAAAUUAUCCGUAAUUGAUGUGUUUGGAGAUAAUCUGGUCACUGAAAACGCAAAAACAAGACCUGGACUUACACUAAUAGGAAGACAAAGUGACAGUAUAUAA